GUCUACGGUUGUUUGACGCUAGGAGGCGCGCGUGAGCAACAAGUUUUGACGCCUCGCUAACACACAAGCAGCUGUAGUGAAAAUGGCCGGGCAGGAAGAUCCAGUGCAGCGAGAAAUCCACCAGGAUUGGGCGAAUCGCGAGUAUAUCGAAGUGAUUACGAGCAGCAUCAAGAAAAUAGCCGACUUCCUUAACUCGUUUGAUAUGUCCUGCAGGUCCCGUUUAGCCACACUGAACGAGAAGCUCACUGCUCUGGAGAGAAGGAUCGAGUACAUCGAGGCCAGAGUUACAAAAGGGGAAACGCUGACCUAACCUCCCUGAUGCUGAGGACGAGACAAAAUGGCCACACUUCUUCUUUUUCUUUUUUCCUCCCCUUUCUCGUGUACUGAUUCACCUUAAAGACCCAAGCGACUGUUUUUCAACCAGACUCUUAAAGCCCCAGUUAGGAACUGUGAUACACACCUUUGGGUAUCAAAAAAGGAAAAGUAAAAAGCUCUAGGUAUUUGUACGGUUCAAAAGGUUCAGGUCCGGCUGUAGCAGUUCCUCACUGCGGCUUUAACACGUGGGACCAUGAUUCAUCUGUGACCAUUUUAAUUUCCCACAAUGUUCUGCCUCAAUCUGAAACAGAUGUUAUGUGGGUGCUUUAUUUUGUUUUUUGUUUUUUUGUUACUGUCUCUGUGGUGCUUGCACUUCAUCGUAUCCUGAGUAGAAUCGGUCAGAUAUCAUUAUUAACUGGAUAAUUCAGACACUAACCAUAAAAAUCUGAUAAAACGAGAGAACAAGCGAGAGUGUUCGACGUGGGGGGGGGGGUGUCGGGAGGAGAAGGAGUAUUUCAAAAUGGUUUUUUUUUUUCCUUUUCUUUUUUUUUCUAAAACAAAAAGUAGAAUUUGUUCACUCUACACCGUGUGUGUGUGUGUGUGUGACCAGUUUCUGUAUAUAUUUUGUAAGUGUUGGGAUGCAAAAGCCUGCGUUUGAAGAAACACCUUUGCCCUGUGAUGGUUUCUCACGCAAUAGCACAUCUUCACACAGCGAGCGUGAGGACCGAGAGGCCGGAAGAGUUACCGAAGUGCCAAUUUUGAUCGUGCGGAAGUUGUCAGCGGCCUCCCGUGUUUUAAUGCUCAUUCUUCAAUGUAUUGUGGUUAUAAUAAUAGUAAUAAACAUGUUACAUAACUCUUA